AUGCACAGUGGGUUGGCCUGCCUACUCGGCUUGACCAGCUUAGCCUUAACAAAUGCGUUGAGUCUGGAGAAGAGAGACAGCCCUGCGGUUCUCACGGUCCCACUGGUACGCGACACGUCGCGUCAGCUUUCCAAGCGAUCGAAAACCGUCAAUGUCGGUCUUGACAAUGAGGAUGUAUCUUACAUAUCCUAUGUCGCAAAUAUGACUUUCGGCACCCCACCUCAGCAUUUUUUAACCUACCUUAACACCUGGGGUAACGGCUGUUGGCUUGAGAGUGUGGAUAACUCUGAUUGCUACCUGUACCUGAACAGGUCUUCUUGUGGUGGAUAUGGAGGUUACAACUUGAGUGCCUCAACCACUGCCAAGAAGCUCGACGAGCGAUUUGCAUAUGAUGAUUCCGGUUCAAUGAUUGGUGGGGAUAUGGUGACUGAUGUUCUGGAAAUUGCUGGUGUCAAAGUGGACACUAUGAAGAUGGGGAUUGCUAUGGAUUCUGCAAUCACUUCCAACCACUUGGGUCUUGGAUACGGAAAUGCAUCUUCCACUUCCCUGACUCAGGCACUAGCCGACGCCGGUGUCAUAAGCUCUCCGGCUUUCAGUCUUUGGGGUCAGACCGCUCUGUUUGGCGGCGUUAACAGGGCCAAGUACAAUGGCUCUCUUCAUACCUUCCCCAUCGUCAACGGAUCAAAUCUUACGAAAGCUCUUCGUAUUAACAUGGAUGGCAUCUCAAUCAACGAAACAUCCGCAGCCUCGAAAGAGUUUCCGCUAGAUGCAGUCUUCGACACUGCGCUUGCCAUGACCUACGUGCCCAAGUCUGUCGCUCAGGCCCUGAAUGCCCAAAUUGGCAACACGUCUGUUCCGGAUGAGUGGGGACAAGUCAACUUUUCUUGCAAGGCAGUGAACCUCGAAUCAAUAGUCGAGUUCAAAUUUGGAGAUUUGGAAUUCAAAUUCUUCCUCGGACAAUUCGUUGACCAAGCACCUCACGCCGUGACAUCUUACGGGUGGUAUCCUGAUAGGGAGACGUGCUAUUUUACCAUCCUCGAGAAUGUCCAUUACCGUUCUGAGGGAAGCAUCGUUCUGGGUUCCACCUUCAUGAGCAAUGCCUAUACAGUCUUUGAUCUUGAGAACGACGAGAUAUCACUGGCAAGACUUAACUACGGGUCUCCCACUCCGGACGAUAUUGUGGAGAUCAAAUCGGGCAAGAAUUCUGUGCCUGACGCGAAGGAUUCUGUGCCUGACGCGAAGGAUUCUGUGCCUGAGGCAAAGAAAGACUCGGCUGGUUCGCACAUCGGAGUAGCCCCGGGGAUGAGCGCUUUGAUGGUCGGCGCUGCUGUGCUGAGCCUGAUAUCUUAA